AUGUUUGGCUUGCAAAUCAUUUUAUCGGUGCAUAAAACAAUAUUUGAAUAUUUUUCAGACCAGAUAGAGAAACUAACCAAACAGUUGGCAGAACUAGAAAAUGGUGGAGAAAGAGACCAAUCCUCUUCUAAUCUUAGAGCAGAACUGAAAAAAACAGAAGCAGAAAUGGAGAAACUGAACGAAGCCUUGAUUGACAAAGAUGAGGAGAUUGUCUCCCUUCAAUCUAAUGAAAAAGAUAAAUGCAUAGAUUUGCAGGUUGGAGAGACAGAAAAGUUGAUUAAGUUAAAGGAUGAAUUAGAGCAACUGAAAGCCUUAUUCACGAAGUUGGAAACUGAUAAAAUUCAACUUGAAAAAGACAAUAAAACAUUGAAACAAAACAUUGAAAAAAUAGAAAAAGAUUUGAAGACUAGAGAUACAGAGUCGCAGGAUCUUAAUGAUCAAAUAAGUGCUUUAAAACAAGAGAAACGCGAAUUGGAC